AUGGAUUCAUUACCACCGGAAUUGAUCUCCCGGGUGUUAGACCACAUGAUUCCUGUGGGAAAUUAUACACGCAGGUCUCCCAGCCUGGCUUCAUAUGCCACAUUGGGCCGUCACUGGCAGGCUAUCAUUGAGAGACGCACAUUCGCCAACAUUCGAAUUCACACACCCAAACGAAUGGAAGAGUUCCAGCGCAUUGUAACGGACCGCCGCAGAAGAUCUUGUGUCCAACUCAUCAAGUUAGUCGUGCGGCUCGAGUCAUACGAUGUGCAAGCGCGCGCUCGAUGGGAGACAGACGAGGAACGCCAACAAAACACCAAGAUCUUUACCUCGACGAUCAGCACUCUUUUCAAAAUCCUAUCAUGCUGGCCAGACGAUGCUGCUAGCAUCGAGCUUUCUAUCUAG